AUGAAAAAUCCUUCAGUAUCUAGUUUAACCAUUAGACGGCCUAGUGCUCUCAAGAAACAGACACCAAUAUCAAGCAUCCGGUCUUCAGCUAAACUUCCUGGACCUUUUUCAACAAACAUGAGACUUAAGAGCAUUGAACAUAUAGGACUUAAUCUAGGGGCUGUAGACUUAUCCACAGAACCAUUAAUCACAGAUUUAACUAAAUAUACACAAGAAGAAUUAUUAGAAUAUCGAGCAGUCUUCAAUAUGUUUGAUGCAGAUCGUUCUGGAGCAAUAGGUUUAGAUGAAUUGGAAAAAGCUGUUAGGGAUCUUGGUCUCGAUCCAACAGUUGAAGAUUUAAAAAAAAUUAUUGAAGAGGUAGAUAAACGUGGUAACCAACAGAUAGAUUUUGAUGAAUUCUGUGAAUUUAUGGGUAAAUUAUCACAUAAACAAAAAAGUUGGAAUGAUUUUAUAAAAGAAUGUUUCCAAGCAUUUGAUGUUAGUGAAAGUGGUGGUAUUACAAAAAAAGAUUUUCAUUAUAUAAUGAAAGAAUUUGGUGGUAUACAAGAUCAUCAAUUAAUUGAUUCAAUAUUUAAAGAAUAUGACAUUGAUGGUGAUAGAGUUUUAGAUUAUGAUGAAUUUGUCUUUUUAUGUAAAAAUUAUUUAACUGAAGAAGAUAUUGCCUAA